GAACAUGGCAUGAAAACUAUCCCAAAGGAUGCCCCUCCGCCUUUGAAAGAUUUUUGUAGGUUGAGCUCUUAUUUCAGACUCGCUUGAUUUCAUGAAGUUCUUUCCUUUUGCCUGGCCUGAAAACAUCCACAUCCAUCUCCCCCAUCAACAGCAACAAUGGCGACCGUGACCAACUCAGAUAUCCCAGUCACUCCCACGAAGGUGCAGCUCAUUGAUCGUUUAGCUGAAAGCAAUGGCACAAUCAAGGCUUCAGUCAAUGCCUCAGACCAAGUGACAUUGUUCCAGUACGACUCUGCCUUUGCAGACUUGACUGGACCCUCACCUACGCACUCUCUCCUCCUCUCCACAGCGGGGACAAGCAACAAUCCAUUCUUUCACGAGGCCUGCGUCUUUCUACCAGCCCACGAUGAAGUCUACAUAACCUCCCACCUCUUGCAAGCCACCAAAUCCUCUAAUUUUCCAACAAUCCUCAUCUCACGAGUCAAACUACAACGUAACGACCGGCUGAAUGGGGACAAUAAUGUACAUACGGUAGAAUGGGCCAAAUUACGGCCUCCGCCGGGCAUUGAGAUGCCCAAUGGAGGGGUAAACUACGAAGAUGGGAUUCUCUUCUGCGCUCAAGGCUCAGCACAAACAGGGACCGGAGGACUCUACUAUAUGCCACGUAAAGCGCCGCCAAAAGCCAUGGUGACGAAUUUCCACGGACGAGACUUCAACAGUGUGAAUGAUGUCGUUGUUGCUAAGGACGGUUGUAUCUGGUUUACGGAUCCGUGCUAUGGAAAUGAGCAAGACUUCAGACAGAGACCGAAACUCCCAAAUCAAGUUUAUCGAUUUGAUCCUAAGAAUGGAGAUUUAAGGAUUGUUGCUGAUGGAUUUGGGAGGCCGAAUGGGAUUAGCUUUAGUCCAGAUGAAAGCCUUUGCUACAUUACCGAUACGGAUUACAUUCAUGGCGAUGGAAGCAAGGACUUCACACGAGCGGCAACUAUCUACGCUUUUGAUAUCAUAAAGGUGGCAGGUGGUCCUUUCCUUACUAAUAGGAGAGUGUUCGCUUUUGCAGCAGUAGGUAUCCCAGAUGGCAUCAAGUGUGAUGUCUAUGGUAAUGUGUAUUCUGGUUGUGGUGACGGAGUUGAAGUCUGGAACCCUGCUGGAACUCUUAUUGGCAGGAUCAUGGUUCCGGGAGGAGUUGCUAAUUUCUGCUUUGGAAAGGACGGAGAGAUGUUCCUUUGUGCUGAACAGAAAUUAUGGAGAUUGCAGAUGGCUAGGACUACUAAAGGUGCCCUACUUGGGAUUUGA